AUGGGCUCAACAUCUAGAGUGGCAAUAGUAGGCGUUGGCGAAGUCGGGGGUGCUCUCGCUUACAACCUCACGUUGAAUUCCAUGGCGAGCGAGUUGCUUCUCGUGGACCUUGACCUCAGCAUCAGAAAUGCCCAGAUCGAAGACCUCAGCGAUGUCACUUACAGUACUAACAGCAGUACGCGUGUACGUCCAGCCACGUACCAUGAGGCUGCUCAAUGCGAUCUCGUGGUCAUAACCGCUGCAUCUAAACACAUGCUGGGCCAGACGACUGUUGACUAUACGUCUCGGAAUACCUCGAUGAUACGUGAGGUGAUGGAGGCGAUGAAGCCCUUUCGAGCUGACACCGUCUUACUCAUCGUGGCAAAUCCAGUUGACCUACUGACAUCUCUCGCUAAACAGAUGUCGGGACUUCCUGCGUCUCAGGUAAUAGGCACUGGUACAGCUCUCGACACCUAUAGGCUUCGCGGCAUGGUCGCGUCUCGUGUUUUGGUGUCAUCAUCCACUAUAGAUGCAUUCGUUGUGGGCCGUCAUGGAGAGGACCAAGUAGUGGCCUGGUCCGCAGCAACCAUUGGAGCGGUCCCCAUCGAUGAUGUGAAAGCGCUGAAUAGUAUCGAUCGCAGUAGGAUCGAACUCAUCUGCAAGCACCGAUCGAAUCAAAUCAGUCUGGGCAAAGGAUCUGCACCUUUCGGAAUAGCGUCUGUCGCUGCUAGCUUGUGUUUUUCUGUUAUCCUUGAUAAGCAUGAGAUGUAUCCGGUCAGUCACUUCCAAGAGGACUAUGGUUGCUGUCUCAGCUUGCCAGCCGUUAUCGGGAGAAAGGGGAUCCUAGCUUCAGUUUCACUGGCGAUGGAUGAAGGUGAGAAGGCUGCGGUAAAGGCAUCAGGCGAGUUAUUGAAAGCCAUCGUUGGAUCGAUCCAGCGAGACUGGUGGUGA